UGGAGUCAGGAUACAUUCAUACUCAAGUCACUCACUCACUUGGAAACCAACCCAGAAACCUAACCCAGCAACACCAUGGUCAGCUCCUGUUGUGGCUCCACCUGCUCUGGCCUGAGCUGUGGCUCUGGCUGCUGUGCUCCCUGCUGCUGCCGCCCUGCCUGCUGCCUUAGGCCAGCCUGCUGCCAGAGCACCUGCUGCAGGACCAACUGUUAUAGGCCCACCUGCAUUGUGUCUACCUGCUGCCGCCCCAGCUGCUGUGGGUCCAGCUGCUGCCAGCCUUGCUGCCGCCCCAGCUGCUGUGGGUCCAGCUGCUGCCAGCCUUGCUGCCGCCCCAGCUGCUGUGUGACCAGCUGCUGCCAGCCUUGCUGCCGCCCCAGCUGCUGUGUGACCAGCUGCUGCCAGCCUUGCUGCCGCCCCAGCUGCUGUCAGCCUUGCUGCCGCCCCAGCUGCUGUCAGCCUUGCUGCCGCCCCAGCUGCUGUGUGUCCAGCUGCUGCCAGCCUUGCUGCCGCCCCACCUGCUGUCAGUCUAGUUGCUGCCGCCCCAGCUGCUGUGUGUCCAGCUGCUGCCAGCCUUGCUGCCGCCCCACCUGCUGCCAGACCACCUGCUGCAGAACCACCUGUUGCCGCCCAGCCUGCUGUGGCUCCUCUUGCUGUUAAAUGUAUGGUCUUGUACAUGACUGCUUAUCAUUCUCACCUAAUGUCAGUCAGGAUAAAUAGAACUGGUACAGUCAACCAAUUUUUAAGCUAAUUCACAAGACACACUUUUCAAAACCUCCACUAGUGGUUCCCUCUUUGGUUUCUUCUUCAAUGCAAACUAUUGCCUACUACAUUUUAAAAUUUUUAAAUGUUGUAGAAGAGAUCUCUUCCUCUUUACAUGAACAAAUGUGAUAGUAGAUGUAUUUUCAUCCUAUGCGUGCAAUAAUUUUUAGUUUAAUUUUAAGUUCAAGUCAAACCAAAAUCUAAUCCUCCAACCUUCUUGUGCUCCUUCUUAACUUUAAAUCUCCAGACUAUGCUGUUUGAGAAGAAAAUUAACUACAUACCACUUCUCACUCUAAGAUUUCACUACUGAGAUUCCAAGGAUUUUUUUUUCCUUCUAGAUUCCCUCUUAUGCUGAUUUAUCAUUGUUUUUGUGUUUGUUAAUGUCCAAAUAAAACUCAUAUUUCUUGGCAACGAAUAAAUAAACA